AGCAGCGCUGACGUCCACCGAAACCCAGUUACACAAAAAACAAGAAUAUCGAGUUAGAACAACCUUUGAAUAGACGUGAAAAAUUUUUUGUGCUUGUCGCGAGCUCCCGGACGGUUUCCAAUUAUGGGCCAUUUAUAAGUGGAUGGACCCUUGCCGGAAUGUUUGAUUCCUUCUAGAUGGGGAUAGCGCUUAGAUAGGAGUGAAUAUGUCGUCAAAACCGCAGCUCAGUAAUUCACCGGCGGGGGCACUUUUGCUUCUAGUUCAUCUGCUCUGCUCCUUGGUGGAGCGUGUAUUCCUCGCCGGACGUUGGAUCCGGCAGAAAUUCGGCAUCCUUCGGCGGAAGAAUGUACCCGUUCAGGGACAGCCGGCGAAAAGUGGGGAGUAUCGCAGCACACAGCAGCUCCAGCUGGACAGUGAUUCCUAUAUAUCGUAUGGAGUGCGAAAGUUGGAGAAGAUUCCUUCGCAUUUGGUUGUAAUGCUUGGUCCAGAGAUAGCAGACUACGAACAACUGGCUAAUUUUGUUUUCUGGGGUAUGGCUGCUGGUGUUGGGCAUGUGAGUUUUUACGAUCAUAGGGGUACACUAAAACGCAAUCAUCACCAAAUGCUGAACUAUGUGAGUAAACGACCCCGCGGUGAUAGCGAACAAAUUGUUUGGACCCCUCAGCUAAAAACGAGCAAUGGGUUUCUUCCCCCACGGAAUGGCUAUCGCCGUCGGGUUGUGGUCAGCUUCUACUCGUUAGAAGAUGGCAAACACCAGCUGGCAUCUACCGCCAGGACUAUCGCCAGUGCGUUGCGGAACAGAUUCAUAUCGGCGCCAGCGGAAGUAACCAUCGAGAUGGUUAACCGAAAGCUACAGCACCGAUACCACCAGGUUCCCGAUCCAGAGCUAGCCGUUUACUUUGGUAAUAUACUCUCAACGUACGGGAUGCUUCCCUGGCAGAUCAGACUGACGGAGUUUGUUCGUCUAGACGUUGGCAGCUUAGCGGAACUAAACGCGGGACACUUUUUGAAAUGCCUGUAUCAAUACGCCAAGUGCGAGCAGCGUUUCGGGAAGUGAUAUGGGUGGUGUCCUUCAUCGUAUCGUUACAUCGUUUGCAAAAUAUGCGUGUAAAUAUUUCCCUAUAGGUGUUUAGUUCUAUGGUAGCAUAGUUUAGUUAACCAAUAGCCCAUAAAUCCCCCAGAGGGAGAACGUUCCGUUCCGUUUUGAAGGGGGGAAAUACAUACCAUUAAGCAUAAGCAUUCAUAAAAAGUCUUAGGCCUCCUACGCCCAGAUUACGGAUUACAUCAUGUACAUGAUGUAGGUGAACGCAUAGCUAAUUCGACAGAGAAGUUGUAGAUUUAUGAUUUGCUCAGAAGAGCAACAGUUCGUUUGAUUGUGAAAGUCAAUUUAAAAUACAUACUCUAAAAAGUAA